AAAAUGAUGAACGUAAAGAACUCCAGGAAGACUCCUUGCUACAAGUUUGGCAGGACUCAUAGUUCAGUUGGGAGUCUGAAAAAUGAGUAUUCACUUAAAAUGCUGCUUAAGAAGAAAAAAGCACUGAAAUAAGAGGAAAACAGAAGGAAAGAAUAAAGAAAAUGAGAAACAAAAGGAAGAUAAUCAGAGUACCGUUAAUUUCAGCAGGCCAACAAGAACUGUCCUUGGAAGUGAUAUUAAAAACACUGAAAAUCUUGAGUUAGCAGCAUCUCCAUCUAAUCAAAGUCCAAGUAAAUAUGGCAAACUCAGCAGCUUCAUGAAAUACCAAAAUAAAACUUCCAGGAGCAACUUGCUGAACUCUUCCAGAGAGAGCUACAGUAUGUUCACUCCAAAGUCUACAAUGAGCAACAGAGAGGGGAGUAACGAGCGGAAUAAUUUAUUCAAAUUCAAAAGACAACUGCACAAAAACAACAAGGGGAACAUUUCAGCUGAAGUUCCCGAUUUCGACGACCAAAAGGAGCUUCACAACACUUCAAUGAGCGAGCCUCAAGACCAAGGACAUUUCAGAAGUGGCAAAAACGACCAGAUUAUUCAGUUUCUCAUGAAGGAGAAUAACAAAAUUAAGGGCGAACUUAAUACCGUUAAAGCAGAGAAUUCACUACUAAAGGAGCAAUAUCUAACACUAAAUUCCAAGGUUGACCACCUCCUCAAAGCCGUUAGGUCUAUGAGCAAAGAGGGGUCUCCUACUGCUGACAAAAUGAGGGAUAUCCAACGGGAGUCUGUCCUCUGAGAGGAUUCUGAGCCAUUUACGAUCCCAAAUAGAUCCUUUGAUGGCCAAAAGAAGAAAACAAGCAUUAUCUCGAAAGUCUGAGUAGGACUCGUUGAUGAGUCAUGAGCUGAUUUCUCCAAAGGAGUUUUCUCUCCCAAAGAGAUAAAUCUUGUCAGAAACAGCCAUGCUAGCCCAAUGAUAUUUUCUGAAAAGAUUGACCUAAACAAGAAGAGAUAUGACUACAAGAUGGCUAAAAAUAGCUCAGUUGAUAACAUGGGAUGUUUAUCCCAAGGGUAUGAAUCCACCGAUGGAGCCAAGCCUAGAGGUGCUAAAGGUGCAAAAGGAGCCACGAUGUCAGUAGGAGAUCAUCUUUCAGUUAAUUCUGAGAGACCAAAGGCACGAUACCACAAACCCACUCUUGAUUCACACAAUAAGAUUGGAACUAUUAAAGGAGUGGCCAAGAGCCGGAGGAACAAACUAGACAAGAGCACUCUUAGCGAACAACUUUCUCAGAGUGAGAUCGAGAACAACAUUCCUCAAAUGAGCAAACUAUUUGACGGCAAGAGCGAAAAUUUGCGCGCCUCUUGAAAUCUCUCCCAAGCCCUUGCCCAGAGGCCGUUUAAGAAAUCCUUCUCAAAGGCGCCUAAAAGUAUAAACCAGAAAGUCACCAAGGCUGUAUCCAUAGAUAUAGAGCCAUUCAAUGGUGUUACAGAAUAAAGACUCUUAAACAUCA